AUGAGGAUAUUGACUGCUAACUUAAUUCUGGCCGCCUCGGCGCUGGCCCUGGAUCAAGCGCCUCUUCGCGUCCAAGAUGGCAUCGCUGGGAAUAUCCCGGACAUCGUCCGCCAAAAUGGCACACACGGACGCCCGAACAUUGUCUUUAUUUUAGUAGAUGAUCAAGACCUGCAAAUGGACUCAUUGUCCUACACGCCGCAUACGAACCACUACAUCAGAGACCAGGGAGUCUUCUAUAAGAAUCAUUUCGUCACAACAGCACUGUGUUGUCCGUCCCGUGUGAGCCUGUGGACCGGAAAACAGGCGCAUAAUACCAACGUCACGGAAAUCUAUCCACCUUAUGGAGGAUAUCCGAAAUUCGUCUCAGAAGGCCACAACGAAAACUGGCUGCCGCUGUGGCUUCAAGACGCCGGAUACAACACCUACUACACCGGCAAGCUCUUCAACGCGCACACCGUAGAAAACUACAAUUUACCAUUCGCCAAAGGCUUCAAUACCUCCGACUUUGUUCUGGAUCCAUACACUUACCAAUACCUCAACCCGGUAUAUCAACGCAAUCAUGACCCGCCGAUUUCCUACGCAGGACAGCACACCAUCGAUGUGCUCAGGAAGAAAGCACUCGGGCUACUUGAGGACGCGGUUACAGAGAGCAACGAAAGACCCUUCUUUCUCACCAUUGCACCCAUCGCGCCGCACUCUAACUUUGAAAUGACCAAUGCGAGCGACUACACGACGUUUCGCUUCUCAGCGCCGAUCCCAUUGGAACGACACAAGGAUCUGUUCCCCGACGCCAAGGUGCCGCGGACAGAGCACUUUAAUCCGGACAAGCCUAGUGGAGUCAACUGGAUCAGCACUCUCCCCCAGCAAAACCAGAGCAGUAUCGAUUCGAACGAUGAGUUUUAUCGCGCCCGUCUCCGCGCGCUUCAAGGGGUUGAUGAAAUCGUCGAACAGGUUGUGCAGCGUCUAGAAGAUGCAGGCGUCCUUGAUAAUACGUAUAUCUUCUAUACAUCCGACAAUGGUUAUCACAUCGGCCAACACCGAUUGCACCCCGGCAAGGAAUGUGGCUUUGAGGAGGAUAUCCGCGUGCCCAUGUUCAUUCGAGGGCCGGGUAUACCGAUUGCUGAGGAGGUCAACUUUGUGACUACUCAUAUCGAUCUAGCACCCACCAUCUUUGAGAUAGCUGGAUUGGAUCUCAAGGAAGAAUUUGAUGGUACUCCCGUACCGCUGACGGAAAGGGAAGUCCUAGAGGAGAAAUCAUCGAAGAGUCGACACGAGCAUGUCAACGUGGAAUAUUGGGGGAAGGCGGGAUUUGAAGGCGAGAUGAGCCGGGCGCCGGAUGGAGGCCCGAUUGCCUUCCGGAACAAUACAUACAAGGCUCUCCGCGUUUUGGGACAUGGUUAUAAUCUCUAUUACUCCGUAUGGUGUACGAAUGAGCAUGAGCUGUAUGACCUGACGACCAACCCCUAUGAACUGAAUAAUCUUCAUCCAUCUGUGUCCAGCAACAGCGAGCAGCAAUUGCUGGGAUAUCCAAUUGAGAAGGUGAUCUCCCGCUUAGACGCCCUGCUGCUCGUUCUGAAAUCCUGUAAGGGAGUCACCUGUGUGAGGCCCUGGGAGGUUCUUCACCCUGCUGGUAACGUCCAAACGCUGAGUGAUGCACUGGGUGAUGUCUUUGAUGUGUUCUAUGAUGAGCAGGUUAAGGUCGAGUACGGAUGGUGUGAGGAGGGUUAUAUCGUGGAUGCCGAAGGGCCGCAGGUUCCCUCUAUAUAUCAGGGCACGCGGUGGAGUGAUUGGUGGUGA